CUUCAUGCUCUCUCUUGGGAGCAAAUGAAGAUGAUGGUGCGUAGCAAGUUUCUCCCCCAGAGCUUUUGGGACAAAAUGGAGCAUGAGUUCUACCACUUGCAGCAGGGCAGUUCCACGGUGGAUGAGUAUGUCCGUACUUUCACCUGCAUGUGCCUUUUUGCAGGCGACGCAGUGAACACCGAUGCCAAGAAGGCCCACAAGUUUUUUAUGGGGCUCAACCAGAGGAUCCGUGAGCUGGUGGGAAGUCACGGACUGAUGUCUUAUGUAGAUACCGUGAGUAGGGCUCAGGAGGUAGAGAGUUGUCUCAUCCCUUUGGCUCCCGUUCCUUCCUUCUAUUAUGCUUCCCAGCCGUCUCAGACUAUUGUCCAGUAUGCUCAGCCUAUUUCCUCGGCACCGCCAGGCUCUAGUUCGGGUAAGAGAAAGUCAGAUUCCCACCGGGAUAACCGGAAGGGAAAACGAGGAGGUCCAGACCGGCGCAAUCAUCCCUCUUCUGGCAACCGCACCUGCAAGAAAUGUGGAAAGUACCAUAGUGGCGAGUGCUUAGCAGACCAGCGAGCCUGUUUCAACUGCAACCGUCCGGGUCAUUAUGCCAGUGUCUGUCCGGAGCCCAAGAGGGCUGGGGGUCAGGCUCGAGUCUAUACCAUCACCCACGAUGAGGCCGCUCGCAAUGCAGGUACCAUGUCCGGAAUACUUUCGAUAUCCCAUGUGUCUGUCUUUGCUUUAUGUGAUAUCGGUGCUACCCAUUCUUUUAUUUCUUCCCGUUGCUUGGAGGCUUUAUCUAUUAGCACCGUGCAUGCUUGUGAUCCUCUCGAGGUUAGUCUAGCCUCGGGAAAGAUUAUCAUCUCUGAUUCAGUGGUUCGCAAUCUUCCCAUAUGUAUUGGCGGUCGAGUUCUAGAGGCUGACGUCUAUGUAAUUGACAUGCGAGGCUUUGACGUGAUCUUGGGCAUGGACUGGCUCACCCAUUACCGAGCUGAUAUCCGGUGCCAGGAGCGCGAAGUCACCCUUUAUCCCAUUUUCGAUCAGCCUGUUGUGUUCUUUGGGGUGAGUUCGAGGACUGUGCCUCGGGUCAUCUCUUCUAUGCAAGCUAGGAAGAGCCUUUCCAAGG